GGGCGUGGACAACGACCCAGAAGGAAGGAGUUAGUAUGAAAAUCUUGGUUCUCGGGAGCGGAACUGCGAGAGAGAGAGAGAGAGAGCGAGCGAGACAGAACCAGAGAUACCUACGGGAGGCCGGAGCGCAUUAACAGCGGGGAGCCCGGAACAGCGCGACGGCAUUAAACAGUCGUUAUUAAGGUUAAAUGGUUUCCUUCAGUUAAGCAUAUCGAAUUUUUCUAAAUUGAUGUUGACACUUAAGUUAGCCGCAUUUUAUAAGAAAAUAUUAAAAGAAUUAAAUAUAUGAAGAAUAAAAAUAAAAAACGCAUUCCAUGUUUUUUAAAGCCAUGGCGACAUUUGGGAUAUUGUACGCUGAUGUCGCCCGACAUCCUGAGUGCGAAUCUCAUGUUAUUUAAUUUACACAAAACAUGUUUUUGAGCAAGAGUCACAGUGGGAUAAUAAGGCAUGCAAGCUCCGCUUCCUGACUCUGACAUAUUGAUCUGGAUAACGACUCAUGGGAUGUAGCAUAUGGAGAAUUCGGCACAACUUCGGACAUUUGAAGGCGCAAUCUAAAGUGUCUUUUUUCUUUACCAUGAUCAUUAUUUUUACUUAUUUAUUUUAUUGUCUCACUGGAAUCUGCGACCCACUACCGAGGCUAGUAAACGAGCGUCAAACUUUAACCAGCGCAAACAAACACAAUGCGCUGGGAAGCUUUCGGGACAGACUGGACUCUCCUACAUCUUCACCUCAGCACCAGCCCAGCGCACAGAGUCACCAGAACCGAACUUCUACAGGACUUCCAGAGGAGAAGAAGAGGACCAUACCGUACGAGGGAGGGAAGGCGCUGCCACCCAUGCCCUAUGCUGUCAAGGCACGGGAAGACGGCGUCGACGGCAUAUCUGUGUUCAAUAACUUCGGCACCAAAAAGUUUCCACAAGCGAUUAUCAUUGGCGUGAAGAAAGGGGGAACGAGAGCGCUGCUUGAGUUUCUUCGGAUUCAUCCUGAUGUUAGAGCUGUCGGUACGGAGCCGCACUUUUUUGACAGGUUUUACGAGAGAGGACUGCAAUGGUACAGAAACCUUAUGCCCCGGACCCUCGAUGGACAGAUCACUAUGGAGAAGACGCCCAGUUACUUUGUGACCAAAGAAGCUCCAGGCCGGGUUUUCACCAUGAGCCGCAGCACCAAACUCAUCGUGGUCGUGCGUGACCCCGUCACCAGGGCGAUAUCUGACUACACUCAGACCCUUUCCAAAAACCCGGGGCUGCCCACCUUCCAGUAUCUCGCCUUCAAGAACUUCAGCAGUGGGCUGAUCGAUACCUCCUGGAGCGCCGUCCGCAUCGGAAUAUACGCCAAGCACUUGGAGAACUGGCUCCAGUAUUUCCCGCUCUCCAGUCUCUUGUUUGUCAGUGGCGAGCGCCUGGUGACGGACCCGGCCGGGGAGAUUGGCCGGGUGCAGGACUUCCUGGACUUGAAGCGUGUCAUCAGUGACAAACACUUCUACUUCAACCAGACCAAGGGCUUCCCCUGUCUGAAGAAACCAGAGGGCAGCAGCCACCCCCGUUGUCUGGGGAAGUCCAAAGGACGGCCCCAUCCGCACAUUCCUGAGGAGGUGCUACUGAGGCUCAGAGACUUCUACAGACCUUUCAACCUCAAGUUCUACCAAAUGACCGGCCAGGACUUUGGCUGGGAUUGACGUCACAGUCCUGCCAUGAAUAAACAGAAUUGCAAGGCCUGAAAUUUGUAAAGAAAGAGAAAUGCUGCAUAAACAGAAACUGAAAUGUGACGCUUCGUUGUAAACAGCUGAAUGCCAGUAGACCCAAUGUUAUUUUCAAAUCACAUCAAUUAACGUAUGUAUGUGUGCUUUUUUAUCAUUAAAGUUGUGCAGGAUUUUA